AUGGACGACCUGUUCAGUCCGCGCAGGAGCCUGAACAGCACGCAGGGCGAGAUAAGAGUGGGACCAAGUCAUCAGGCCAAGCUCCCAGAGUUGCAGCCAUGGCCGGCAGUUGGUGCUCAGACUCAAACGGAGAAGGAGGAGCUCAUGUGGACGCCAGGAGUCAAUGACUGUGACCUUCUCAUGUACCUCAGGGCGGCCAGGAGCAUGGCGGCAUUUGCAGGCAUGUGUGAUGGUGGAUCCACUGAGGAUGGAUGUUUAGCAGCCUCCCGCGAUGACACCACCCUCAAUGCUCUCAACAUGCUCCAUGCAAGCCAUUAUGAUGCAGCGAAAGCUCUCCAGCGUCUGGUGAAGAAGCCCCUGCCCAAACUUAUAGAAAAAUGCUGGUCAGAGGAUGAUGUGAAACGCUUCAUCAAAGGUCUGAGACAAUAUGGAAAGAAUUUCUUUUGCAUCCGUAAAGACUUUCUGCCCACUAAGAAGACUGGAGAGCUGAUCACCUUCUAUUACCACUGGAAGAAAACCCCAGAGGCGGCAGGAACACGGGCUUAUCGACAGCAGCGACGGCAGCCGUCCUCCCGCAAAGCAAAGACUCGAUCUGCACCGGCUCCCGACAACACCACAUCCAGGAAUUAUUCAGUGGAUGCAAGUUCUGCCAGUGAGGAUGAUCUUGACAGCGAAGACAGCGAGCAUGACAUUAAGAGCUGCAACCACUGUGGCACAACAAGUUCCAAGGAUUGGCAUCAAGCUGGGAGAGACAACCGCUUGCUGUGCACGGCCUGUCGCACAUACGAGAACAAACAUGGAUGUCUGCCGCCAGCCUCUAAAACUGCAAACGGCUCAUUCAUGUUCAAACCCGUAAAAGCAGAAGAAGAGAUGAACAGCAAGCAUGGCAUGAGGACUCGAAGGAGUAGAGUACCUUUGUCAUCUUUAAGAAGUGGCCACCGGAGGCUGACAGGGUCCCAAACCCGGGAGGACCAGCAGUCCAACAACCACUCCUCUCUGGGUGGAGCAAUCUCUACUUCCUUGAGAUCGUCUUCUGCAGAUAAGAACAACUCCACAAAGAGAACAAACAGGAAGGUAAAAGAGGAAGUUACGAUGCCAAAGACAACCAAACGUGUGCGGGAAAGUCCGGCUCUGGAGCCCGACGAGCCUGAAAAAAUGAAACAUAAAAGGCCCAAAACACAGGAUUCACAGAGCUCCCGGUCAGAGGCUGAGGCAGAGGAGGAAAGCUCUUCAGAAAGCCGCAGCGCACAGGACGAUGCCAGUGACACCAAAGACAUUGAUCAGGACAACCGGAGCUCCUCUCCCAGCAUUCCCAGCCCCCAACAGGGCAACGAGAGUGACUCUGACUCCUCCGCUCAGCCCAUCGGGGCUCCGUCUGAGCCUCUGGCUCCUGCCCCUGUGUCGGCUGAAACACCGGUCCUGCAGGCCCUCCCCUCUCAGGUCCCCCCCAACACCCUACAGCUACCACAGAGCCUAUCUUCGGCUGAUCCAGCUCAGAGCCUCCCUCCAAACUCUCCAGAGCCCCCUCAGCAACCUGCGGGUCAGACAGCAGCCCUGAUCGGGCCGGGCAGCCGAGCACAGUCUGGCUCCCACUCUGUGACGGGCCCACGGCCUCAGCCAUCAACGCUGGGUCAGGACGCUCCUCAUUCUCCAGUUUUUCACAUCCCACCUGCCCUCAACUCCGCACAGCCACAUGGCCUCUCACCUCAACCCCCCCAGCGCCCCCCAGCCUUCUUCAAGGAGGCACAACUCCCCCAUCCUCCUCUCACUGGCCCCCAGAUCAAGCCUCCUCCCACCACCCCUAUUCCACCUUCACACAAACAGCUGCCACACCAAUCCACUGCACCUUUCCCUCAAAUGCCCUCUAAUCUCCCCCCUCCUCCUGCUCUAAAGCCCCUCAAUUCUCUGCCCAACCAGCAUCCUCCGGGUGCCCCUCCUCCUCCCCUUCAGCUCAUGCCGCAUCCUUUACCAGCACAUUUAAUUCCAACCCAACUUCCUGUGAUCUCUCAGGCGCAAAAUCACCCUGGAAAAAGCCUGACUUCUUCCCACCCCCCAGCUGCCGCCACCCACCCUCUCACCUCAGCCACACCGUCUGCAGUUAGCCCUGUCCCCAGCCUCCAGCCUUCCUUCCCAACCCUUCCUGUCAGACCAGCGGCAAAUGCCACUGCAGGAGGAUCCCAAAUUCAGAUUAAAGAAGAGCCACUGGAUGAGAUAGAAGAGCCUGUGAGCCCGCCGUCUCCACCCCGGAGCCCCUCACCAGAGCCCACUGUCGUCAACAUGGCAAGCCAUGCCAGCCAGUCAGCACGAUUCAUCAAACACUUGGAUCGUGGCUACAACUCAUGUGCGAGGACGGAUCUUUUCUUUACUCCUCUGUCGUCCUCCAAACUUGCCAAGAAAAGAGAAGAGGCUGUGGAAAGGUCCAGGAGAGAAGCUGAGCUCAAUGCUCGGCAAGAACGUGAAAGAGAGAAAGACCGAGAAAGGGAGAGAGAACGAGAGUGUGACAGAAAUUCCAGAACCUCCAGUUCCUCGCACGACAGUCGCAUGAAUGAGGUACAGAUGACAGCUCAGGGCCACGGACGCCCCUCCUUCGAGCAGCCCCCCACCACCGUUGCAGCCGUGCCGCCCUACAUCGGCCCGGAUACAUCAGCCCUGCGCACCUUGAGCGACUUUGCGCGACCACACGUCAUGUCCCCCAACAACCGCAACCAUCCGUUCUACGUGUCCCUGAGCCCCGGCGACCCCCUGCUGACCUACCACAUGCCUGGCCUGUACAGCGCAGAGCCCAGCCUCCGAGAGCGAGAGCUGAGGAACCUCAGAGAGAGAGAGCUCCGGGAGAGGAUGAAGCCCGGCUUCGAGGUCAAACCCCCAGACCUGGAAACCCUGCACCCCUCAGCCAACCCCAUGGAGCACUUUGCCAGACACGGGGCUCUGGGUCUUCCUCACAUACCUGGGCCUCCUCACCCUUUCGCGCCCUUCCAUCCGGGGCUGAAUCACCUGGAGCGGGAAAGGAUGGCGCUGGCGGGGCCUCAGCUGCGCUCGGAGCUGAGUUACGCCGAGAGACUCACCGCAGAGCGGCUUCACGCUGAGAGGAUGGCUUCUGUGGCUACCGACCCCGCUGCCCGGCUGCAGAUGCUCAAUGUGACCCCUCAUCAUCACCAACACUCGCACAUUCACUCCCACCUCCACUUGCACCAGCAGGACCCCCUCGGCCAAGGUUCAAGUCCACAUCCUCUUGUGGAUCCUUUGGCAACAGGGCCUCGUUUGGCCCGAUUCCCUUUCCCUGGGGGCCCAAUUCCUAACGCUUUGCUCACCGAUAUUCCUCACGAUCACGAGAUGCUGCGUCACCCGCUGUUCGGUGCUGCUUAUCCACGAGAGCUGCAGGGUCCCAUCCCUCAGAUGUCAGCCUCUCAUCAGCUCCAGGCCAUGCACGCUCAGUCUGCAGAGCUGCAGAGGAUGGCCAUGGAGCAGCAGUGGCUGCAUGGGCAUCACCUGCACGGAGGUCCCCUACCCAGCCAGGAAGAUUACUACAGCCGUCUGAAGAAAGAAGGUGACAAGCCAUCUUGA